AUGGAUGGUGAAAGCAUUGAGGAAUUUAAUACCAUAGAUGAUAGUUUUUCAGAGAUGGUUCCUACUUUGAACAUGUGUUUUGACACUAUGGAAGAAACAAAGAAAUUUUAUUGUAGAUAUGUUUCUAACAUUCGUCCUGAAGUGAAAACUUUACCCAGUCAGACUAAUCAAUGCCCUGCUGGAAUAACAUUUGCUCGAAAAGAUGACAAAUGGGUUGUUAGGACUGUUGUUGUAGAGCACAGUCAUGAGCUUUGUCCACAAACCUCCAAUCUCAUUCGUGGCAAUAGAAAAUUGAACAUGCAUGNGAAACACACAUUGNAAGUUAACNAUGANNNCNGUGUNCGUAUAAACAAGAGNUUUCUUAGCAUGGUCAGUGANNCUGGUGGAUAUGAAAAUAUGGAAUUUAUGGAGAGAGAUGCUAGAAACUUCAUCGGUCAACAUAGAAGGUCAGUUUGUAAGGAGGGGGAUGGUCAGACGCUACUAUGUCACUUUUCAAAAAUGAGAGACCUCAAUAACGAUUUCUUCUACGAACUAGAAAUGGAUGAAGGAAAUAGAAUUACUAGUGUAUUUUGGGCGGAUGCUAAAAGCCGAGCUGCUUGUGAAGAAUUUGGUGAUGUGGUGUCUUUUGAUACUACUUAUUUAACAAACAAAUAUGACAUGCCAUUUGCUCCAUUUGUGGGAGUAAACUAUCAUGGACAAUCCAUCCUACUUGGUUGUGGAUUACUUUCAUCGGAGGACACUACGUCAUUUGUGUGGUUAUUCCAGACUUGGUUAAGAUGUAUGGGCAACAAGGCACCAGACAAUAUUUUUACAAACCAGUGUAAGGCAAUGGCUAAUGCAAUUGAAGAAGUCUUCCCCAGAACAAAAUAUAGGUGGUGUUUGUGGCACAUAAUGAAAAAGAUACCUGAAAAAUUGCAAGGCUAUAAAAAUUAUCUUGCUAUCAAGAACGAUGUGAAAGUGCUUGUAUAUGACUGUUGUUCCACAGUUGACUUUGAAAUGGGUUGGAAAGAAGUACUCAGGAAACACAACUUAGAAAAUAAUGAAUGGUUAGGAAAUUUGUACGAUGACAGACACAUGUGGGUGCCUUGCUACUUGAAAAAUCAUUUUUGGGCGGGUAUGUCCACAACUCAAAGAAGUGAGGGAAUGAAUGCUUUUUUUGAUGGAUUCAUCAAUUCAAGUACGACACUUCAACAAUUUGUGGUUCAGUAUGAUAAUGCUCUUAAAUUCAAAGCCCAAAAAGAAAUAGAAGCCGACUUCUCUUCCCUCAAUACAACGGUUGCUUGUGGGUCUUAA